AUGAAAAAGAGAAACCUUGUACAGGAAGAAAGCUAAAAAAAGCUUAAAAAAAAAAAAAAAGGCUUACAUGAGAUAAAAAAUUAAAAAAUUAAAAUAGAAAAGCUCACAUCAAAAUUCCUUUUUCAGAGCUUUUAUGUACAUCGCCCACCUACGGUUAGGAGAUUUGCAGAGGAGUUUUUUUUUUGGCUGGCGAGAGGAUUGGAGGAUUCGUUUUCAGUUUCCCGGGAAGUGGGUUUGGAGAAAUGGGUGCUACAGAAGUGAUCACGCAGCAACAAUCUACAUGGAGUCCUUACGACAACAACGGAGGAACUUGUGUUGCAAUAGCGGGGGCCAAUUACUGCGUAAUUGCAGCAGAUAGAAGAAUGUCGACUGGUUAUAGCAUUCUCACAAGGGAUUACUCUAAGAUUUGCAAACUUGCAGAUAAAUGUGUACUUGCAUCUUCAGGAUUCCAAGCUGAUAUAAAGGCAUUGCAAAAAAACUUAUCUGCUAGACAUCUGAUUUAUCAGCAUCAGCAUAACAAGCAAAUGAGUUGCCCUGCCAUGGCACAGCUACUCUCAAACACUCUUUACUACAAACGAUUUUUCCCAUACUAUUCUUUCAAUGUUUUAGGUGGUCUAGACAGUGAAGGAAAAGGCUGUGUUUACACAUAUGAUGCAGUUGGCUCAUAUGAACGAGUAGGCUAUGGAUCUCAGGGGACUGGCUCAACACUUAUGAUGCCUGUUCUUGACAAUCAGCUUAAAUCCCCAAGUCCUCUUCUCUUGCCAGCUAAGGAUGCUACAACACCCCUGUCAGAAUCUGAAGCAGUCGAUUUGGUGAAGGAUAUUUUUGCUUCAGCUACCGAAAGAGACAUAUACACUGGUGAUGGACUAGAAAUAGUAGUUGUGAAUGCGGAAGGCAUCAGACGAGAAGAGAUUAUGGAGUUGCGAAAAGAUUAAUUUCACCGCCAAAUUUGGUGCAUUAUUAGUUAUAUUUUAAACUAAUUGUGAAUUUCUGUUGAAUAUUUGAAUCUGCAUUAACUGAUAUUCAUUUGAGAGAUACAAAUAUCAUAUUAUUUGUUGCAAAAUUGCGUGUUUCAGUACACUCGAUCUGAGAUAUCUAUUGAAGUUUUGUACUCCUGCAACUUAUUGAACAAAAUGACAUAUAAUUUUGGCGAUUAGUACAGUGUGUUAAAAGAAACAAAGUAAUUAUCUAUGGAUACUAUAUUGGGUGUUUUCUCAGGGCACUCUGCCUGAAACUUUUUAAGUUUCUAUGCAGAAGGAACCAAUUGAUUUUAUAUAGUUAAUUUCAAGUGAUUGAUUUAA